AUGAACCGGCCGGAUGACCGAGUAUUUGCAGACGUUCGCUGGGCCAUGACUGGAGCUCCGAUUCGAGAGCUACUUGUCGAUGCCGGCACAAGGGUCAGUGAGCUGAAAGAGACAUUGGAGCAGCCGGCCAGGACACCCGCUCGGUUUCUAGAGCUCCUUUGCGACGGAGCUGUGCUCUCUGACGACGCCUGUGCCUCUUACAGCUUCGCGCGGUCUGAGCACGUGGAGCUCCUGGUCUUGCGGAAAGAGCCUCCGAGGCUUCUGGAUUUCCUCCUGUCGGCAGACCUAAGAAGCGAAAGCGAGACGCAGGCAGCAAAGAGUUGCAUCGAAGCAAAGUACAUCCUGGAAGCUGCGGGCUGCAUGGUAAACGAGCGGGACGUGAGGCGGGAGGAAGGCCUUGGCUAUCUUGGCUUGUGCUUCUGGGAUUGCUUUGACCUCUGCACGCCCCUGCAUUACGCAGCCGCUUUGGGCCAGGCUUUCGUCUGCCAGGCCUUGCUGGAUCACCCAGCUUUUUCAGCUGCUGAUGCACUGGCCGAUGUGGGUCUGCCUUGCGCUUGCUACUGCUGCCUUCCAGAAUUACUGGGUCUAGAGUCCGUCACAGCCUUGCACACGGCUAUUCUGUGGCACAACGAAGAGAUUUGUUCGCUCCUCCUGGAUCACAAUCGUUUUACCGCUGUUGCCACAGCGAAUGCUGCAGGUCAGACAGCUCUUCAUCUGGCCGUGCUAGUGAAAAGUCGAGAGGUAGCGCAGAUGGUGCUCGCCGAUGGCCGGGUGGACAUGAAUGCCCAGACCAACGAGGGCAACACAGCACUACAGCUGGCUUUGCGACAGCGCCAGUUUCCGUGCAUGUCCAUUGCCACAUCCGACAGGAUCAUCGCAGCGCUGCUCGAGCAUGGAAGCAGCAGCGACUACUGGGAUGUUUUCGAGGAAGCUGUGGAGCACAGGGACAUACGGCUGGUGCAGGUGGCCUUAGAGUGCCGUCACGGUAUUGACCAGAUGCUGGUUGGAGUCCUUGUAGGAAAAGGCCGCCCGAACAUGAGCCUCCUAUUUUCAGAACCGGAAGCAGCAAAGGAAGCCCACUCCCGCAAACGGUUUCUCAAGAAGCAGAAGAAGGACAGAACACUGGCAAGGAGGCUUCCCAGUCCUGACGCAAGGAAGGCGGUCCGUCGUCCCUCAAAAUCCAGAAACAGCUGGAAGCGGACCGAGUUUGACUUCUCCUUCUGUCCCGGCAGUCUAUGA